CCGGACCCGAGCGCGGCCGCCUGUCCGUCCGUCCGCCCGUCCGUCCGUCCUGCGGCGCGGGAGCGGGAGUGUCCGGCGCCAUGUCGCUGCUGCAGUCCGCGCUGGACUUCCUGGCGGGCCCAGGCUCCCUGGGUGGCGCCGCUGGCCGCGACCAGAGCGACUUCGUAGGGCAGACGGUGGAGCUGGGCGAGCUGCGGCUGCGGGUGCGGCGAGUCCUGGCCGAGGGAGGGUUUGCGUUCGUGUACGAAGCCCAGGACCUGGGAAGUGGCAGAGAGUACGCCCUGAAGAGGCUACUGUCCGACGAGGAGGAGAAGAACAGAGCCAUCAUCCAGGAAGUCUGCUUCAUGAAGAAGUUGUCCGGCCACCCCAACAUUGUUCAGUUCUGUUCUGCAGCGUCGAUUGGGAAGGAGGAAUCGGACACUGGGCAGGCCGAGUUCCUGCUACUCACUGAGCUCUGCAAAGGGCAGCUGGUGGAGUUUCUCAAGAAAACAGAAUCGCGAGGCCCCGUGUCAUGUGACACAGUCCUGAAGAUUUUCUACCAGACCUGCAGAGCUGUGCAGCACAUGCACAAGCAGAAGCCACCAAUCAUCCACAGGGACCUCAAGGUGGAAAACUUGCUGCUGAGCCAUCAGGGAACCAUUAAACUCUGUGACUUCGGCAGUGCCACGACCAUCUCACACUAUCCCGACUACAGCUGGAGCGCCCAGAAGCGGGCACUGGUGGAGGAGGAGAUCACGAGGAACACCACGCCCAUGUACAGAACACCAGAGAUUGUGGACUUGUACUCCAACUUCCCCAUCGGCGAGAAGCAGGACAUCUGGGCCCUGGGCUGUGUCCUGUACCUGCUGUGCUUCCGGCAGCAUCCUUUUGAAGAUGGGGCGAAGCUGCGGAUUGUCAACGGAAAGUACUCGAUCCCCGCGGAUGACACGCGGUACACGGUGUUCCACGGCCUCAUCCGCGCCAUGCUGAGGGUCAACCCCGAGGAACGCCUGUCCAUCGCUCAGGUGGUGCACCAGCUGCAGGAGAUUGCAGCCGCCCGGAAUGUGAACCCCAAGGCGCCCAUCACAGAGCUCCUGGAGCAGAAUGGGGGCUACGGGAACGUCGCACUCUCCCCUGUGAGCAGCAGCCAUGGUGGAGGUCUGGCCCUGGCCGAGUUGGACCAGCCCUAUGGCGGGUUCCUGGACAUCCUGCGAGGGGGGACUGAGCGGCUCUUCACCAACCUCAAGGAUACCUCCUGCAAGGUCAUCCAGUCUGUGGCCAACUAUGCCAAGGGCGACCUGGACAUCUCUUACGUGACCUCCCGAGUAGCCGUGAUGUCAUUCCCAGCAGAAGGUGUGGAGUCAGCCUUAAAAAAUAACAUUGAGGAUGUGCGGCUCUUCCUGGACUCGAAGCACGCAGGACACUACAUGGUCUACAACCUGUCGCCAAGGACGUAUCGUGCCUCCAAGUUCCACAACCGGGUCUGCGAGUGUGGCUGGGCAGCCAGGCGGGCGCCCCUCCUGCAUAACCUCUAUAGCAUCUGCAGGGACAUGCACAGCUGGCUCCGCCAGGACCCCAAGAAUGUCUGCGUCGUGCACUGCAUGGAUGGGAGAGCCGCAUCCGCCGUGGUUGUCUGUGCCUUCCUGUGCUUCUGCCGGCUCUUCAGCACCACUGAGGCUGCUGUGUACAUGUUUAGUAUGAAGCGCUGCCCGCCAGGAAUUUGGCCAUCACACAAGAGAUACAUUGAGUACGUGUGCGACAUGGUGGCCGAGGAGCCCAUCACACCCCACCGCAAGCCUGUCCUCCUGCGGGCUGUGACCAUGACGCCCGUGCCACUGUUCAGCAAGCAGAGGAGCGGCUGCCGGCCCUUUUGCGAGGUGUACGUGGGGGAUGAGCGUGUGGCCACCACCUCCCAGGAAUAUGACAAGAUGAAGGAUUUCAAAGUGGAGGAUGGCAGGGCAGUCAUUCCCCUGGGCGUGACUGUGCAGGGAGACGUGCUUGUGGUCAUCUACCAUGCCAGGUCCACGCUGGGUGGACGGCUGCAGGCCAAGAUGGCAUCCAUGAAGAUGUUCCAGAUCCAGUUCCACACCGGCUUUGUGCCUCGGAACGCAACCACCGUCAAGUUUGCCAAGUAUGAUCUGGAUGCCUGCGACAUCCAGGAGAAAUACCCGGAUUUAUUCCAAGUGAGUCUGGACGUGGAGGUAGAACCCCGAGACCGGCCGAGCCAAGAGGCCCCGCCCUGGGAGAGCGCACGCGCCAAGGGCCUGACCCCUAAGGUCCUCUUCUCCAGCCGCGAGGAGCAGCAGGACACACUGUCCAUGUUUGGGAAGCCUGAGCUCCCUCGCCAGCCUGGCUCCACUGCCCGCUAUGACGCUGAGGUCGAGGGGACGUCACCCGAGGCUGUGCCCACUGAGUCAGACUCCCCGCAGAGCGGCCCAGACGCUGACCACUUCCUGCACACGCUGGACUGGCAGGAGGACAGAGAGCUGGAGCCCGGCGUGGAGGAGGCUGCCUCACCGCCCGGCCCGGCCGUAGACGAGGACAGCAGCGAGGCAUCCACCGAGGGGGAGCCUGGGCCCCAUGAGGACCAGGAGGAAGAAGAGGAACCCAGCCAGGUGGCAGGGCAGGAGUCGCAGGAUGCUGUUGACCUCCUGGGACUGCAUGAGGAGGCAGUCCUGGAGCCAGCAUCCCCCCCAUCUCCUUCACAAGCCCGUGGGGUCCCCUCCAGCAACGCUGAGCUGCUCAGCUCCCUCCUCGGUCCCCCUGAGGCUGCUGUGGAGCGGCCCCCAGAAGACCUGCUGGGCGGGGAGGCCCCUCCCCUCAACACUGCUGACCCCUUCGAGCCCCUGCCGCCGCUGUCCCAGCCCCACGCCCAGCCCGACCUCUUCGGCGCCUUCCUCACAGCAGAGCCCAAGGCUGCAGCACCACCCUUCCCCUCCACACACAGUGCCCCGCCCCCAGCCUGCAGCCCCAACUUCUUGCACCUAGGGGACCUACCCACAGAUCCCAGCAGGAUGACCAGCUCCUCCAGCCACCCAGACCUGCUCGGGAGCUGGGACACCUGGACUGAGGCCGCUGUGGUGCCCCCAGCAGCCAAAGAAGGUCCGCUGGCCCCUCCUGGCCCCCAGCCUGCCCACACGAAAUCUCAGAGCCACGACCCAUUUGCUGACCUUGGUGAGCUCAGCUCCGGCCUCCAAGGUGCAUCUGCUGGUUUCCCUGCCGGGGGCUUCCCACCCAGAACUGGCCCCUCUCCCAAGGGGGCCUGGCAGACAGGUCAGCCACCAGUCCUGGGCCCAUCCCGGCCCCCCCAGGGCAAGGCCCCCUCCAAGGCCAGCACUCAGCCACGGCCCCCCUACACUGGCAGCUUCAGCGUGAUCGGGGGCCGCGAGGAGCGGGGCAUUCGCGCCCCCAGCUUUGCCCAGAAGCCUAGGGUGUCUGAGAGCGACUUUGAGGACUUGCUGUCCAGCCAGGGCUUUGCCUCCAAGGCUGACAGGAAGGGGCCACGGACCAUGGCUGAGAUGCGGAGGCAGGACCUGGCCCGGGCCUCAGACCCGCUGAAGCUCAAGGUCCUGGACUGGGUUGAGGGCAAGGAGCGGAAUCUGAGGGCGCUGCUGUCUACGCUGCACACGGUGCUGUGGGACGGUGAGAGCCGCUGGACGCCCGUGAGCAUGGCCGAGCUGGUGACGCCCGGCCAGGUGAAGAAGCAGUACAGGCGCGCCGUGCUGGUGGUGCACCCCGACAAGGCCGCCGGGCAGCCAUACGAGCCACUUGCCAGGAUGAUCUUCAUGGAGCUCAACGAUGCCUGGUCUGAGUUUGAGAGUCAGGGCUCCCGGCCGCUCUUCUGAGACCCUGGAGGUCGGAGCAGCUCUGGAUAUGAGGCCUGCAGCCCGGGGUGUGGCCCAAAGGGUGCCAC